AUGGAUCUUUCCCUGAGCCAGCCAUCCUCCCCAAGGGUCUCCGAACCCAGAGAAGACGAACACGUCGUUAAGGCUGCGAAGUCCCUCCGCCGCCACAUCGGUCACGAAGAGACUUCCAAUGAAGACACCCCUUCAAGACAGUGGUCGCCUGGCGCCAUCUUUUGGGUAGAGUCCGCUCCUCCCUCUUCUGGAGGUGCAAAGUGCCGACUCCCAUGCCCCGAAAAGAUCAUGCCGGGAGAGUAUAGGAUUGCAGUAAUUCCAGGGCAGCACAGCUACUACGGCCGAGACAGCACAGAUUACUACCAUAUCUCCUGCUUCGAAACGAUCGCAGAUUUCUCACAGCUGGCAUUUGUGGACCGCGUCCAACCAGUUACGCGAGACACCUGGCAGGUUAGGAAUCUCAAAGCCACCAGCAUACUAGAUGGAAACUUCCUCAUGGAUGCCGGGGCCGAAAGAUUAUUGCUUGAGUGGAAGAAAACGGUCAUAUCCCUGAUCGGUCAUCGAGAUGCUCGUGCCGGCACGCCGGAGACCUUGGAACCCGAUUCAUUCGAUGACCUGCUAGCAAACGCUGGAUCUUCCAAAUUUGUACCGCGAGCUAUUGCGGACCUGAGCGACUUUGAUUAUGAUAUUUUCCGAACCACUCUUGCUCCGUUUGAGAGCGAUGGCCCCGACGAUAAUGACGAGUGGAAUCUUUUUGAGCAGUACUUGGCCGUGCGAGACGGCCAGGAAGGGGCAUUGGAUUACCGACACAGCCUGAGCGAGACGCUGAAUGCUUGGAAGCGUGAUAUUCGCCGUACCUUUUGUCACCAGGGAAACGCAGAGGACGGUGACGGAAUAGCGGAGCUUGGUCCGAAGGCUAUCAGAGCAGUCACACGCCUUGCCGUUACUCCAAGGCCAGAUAUUCAGGGUGCUUUUGGACGGGGAAGGUGA